AUGCCACCAAAGAAAUCCAAGACUAUUCAGCCGCUCAAACUUGAUAGUAAUGUUAAUUUUAAUUCGGUCGGCGGUCUAGAAGAGCAUAUAAAAUGUUUACGAGAAAUGGUCCUUUUCCCGCUUAUGUACCCGGACCUUUUCAAAAGAUUCAACACAAGGCCACCAAAGGGAGUGUUGUUCCACGGGCCACCAGGUACUGGGAAGACUUUGCUGGCUAGAGCGCUGGCCCAAGAAAGCAGUCUUGUCCGGGGGAAGAAGGUCGCAUUCUUCAUGAGGAAAGGAGCCGAUAUCAUGAGCAAGUGGUACGGCGAGAGUGAGAAACAUUUGAAAAUGCUGUUUCAACAAGCGAACAAGAUGCGGCCAUCGAUAAUAUUUUUCGACGAGGUGGACGCGCUUGCACCGGCGCGGGUGGAAGGACAGGGUGAGGCGUGCGCCAGCGUCGUCGCCACCCUGCUCGUGGAGAUGGACGGGCUGUGGGACCGAGGCGACGUAAUAGUGAUAGGAGCGACCAACCGACCGGAUUGUCUGGACCCGGCGCUGCGACGGUCGGGCCGCUUCGACCGCGAACUGUACUUCCCUCCACCCAGCGUGCUGGCUAGAAGAGACAUCCUCGCCAUAUACACCCGGCACUGGAUGCCGCGACCCACUGAUGAGAUGCUGGACCGCGUCGCGCAGACCACUAGUGGAUAUGUUGGUUCGGACCUGAAAGCUCUUUGUUCUGAAGCCGUUCUAAGAGCGUUGCGAAGAAUGUACCCUCAAGUGUACGACGGUGAUUACCACUGCAUAUCCAAUAUUGACACAAGGAAAGUGGAAAUAACAGUGGAAGACCUGCUGGCCGCGAAGAGAUCACUCUUGCCGACAGGAGCUCGGUGCAAUACUAUAGUGUCGCGACAUUUGGCGCCUCAGUACGAGCCCUUAAUGCGGGCGCAGGUAAACGCGGCCGCCUCGCUACUCAAGCAGGCCUUCCCGCACGUAAACGCCAGUCAAGAAGAGGACGUAUCACCAAGCGUGUUCCUAAUCAGUGGCAACUGCGCCGAGACUCACCUGGCGCCGGCGCUGCUGGCUCAGAUGGAACACUGCUCCUUCCAAGAGUUGAGCAUGUCCACGCUACAUUCUACACAAGUGUUGUCACAGGAACGAGCUAUUAUAUCUAUCUUCUCAGAGUGCCGCCGUGCGGACAGAAGAAGUGUGAUCUUCAUUCCCAACGUGGCGGCUGUGUGGGAGGCGCUAGCGUACACUCCCGGCCAGUCACUGUUGUUACAACUCUGGCGCACCCGAGCUGCCGGCGACAAUGUUCUGUUGCUGGCCACUUGCAACGUGGAGCACAGCGAGUUGCCUGAAGAGCUUCAAGAACUGUUCCCGAUGUACCAAGACUGUGUGUACCGAGUGCGGGAUCCUACUGCGACAGAAGUGUUGGAAUUUCUUAAACACAUCACUGCCGAAACAUCUCCGCUUCCAGCGACUAAUGAAAAGACUGAUCAAACAACUAACUUUGGUAUGCACAAGGAAAAACAUGGAAACUAA